AUGAUUCGAAGACAGCCCACAGUGAUCAAGCUCACCCCAGAGGACGUAAUCGCCUACGAUGAAGAGAAGCAGUUUCAGCUCUACAGCUUGGGCUCUAGAGGUGCUCCCACCCAGGCCCUGGGCAACACCAGCUCCAGCGUGAACAUGAACCAGGAACAGCUCGACCUCAACGCCCCCCUCCACCACCAUCUCCAGCCGCUGUUGAAUCCCAAGCCCAACGCUUCCUACAGCUCCCUCAACUCCUCCAGCGUGGGUGACACUGAUAGUUUGUUGCAGCACCAGCUCAGGAGACACAUCAAGUCCAAGGACGAGAGAAUUGGUGUUUCGCGCCAGGCCCAGCAGUGA